AUGCUCAACGAACAGCCUGGCUACUCAUUCGCACAAGCUCCCACAUCGAACUCACAACCCAAACAGCACGGCUUCUACCCAUACACUGACAACGGCGGCUCGACUCUUGGGAUCAGCGGCUCAGACUUCACCAUCCUCGCAGGCGACACUCGUUCCACCUCCGGAUACAACAUCAACACGCGCUACGAACCGAAGCUCUUCAAAAUUGGCGGCAACGGUCCCGAAAAUGAAGGCUCGAAAAUCGUCCUCUCCGUAGUUGGCUUCGCAGCAGAUGGCCACGCGCUGAAGGAGCGACUAGACACCGUGGUCAAAAUGUACAAGUACCAACAUGGCAAGGACAUCUCCAUUGGCGCAUGUGCGCAGCGUCUUUCCCACAUCUUGUACGGCAAGCGAUUUUUCCCGUACUACGUGACUGCUAUUCUGGGCGGUAUCGAUGAGGAUGGCAAGGGAGCACUCUACAGCUACGAUCCAGUGGGCAGUUAUGAGAGGGAGCAGUGUCGUGCUGCGGGCGCGGCGAGCAGUUUGAUCAUGCCUUUCUUGGACAACCAGGUGAAUCUGAAGAACCAGUACGACCCUACACAGCCGCAAGGUUUCUCGAAGGAGCCUUUAGUAGCGAAGCCGCUGGACAGGCAGCACGUGGAGAGUCUGGUCAAGGAUGCUUUCACGAGUGCUGUGGAGAGACAUAUCGAGGUUGGUGAUGGUUUGCAGACAAUGAUCAUCACGAAAGAUGGUAUUCUGGAGACGUAUGCCGAUCUGAAGAAGGAUUAA